AUGCAUGAGAAGCUAUGUGAAAAUGCCAACGAAAGUCGCAAGCGGCAGACAAUCAACGAAAAGCAAACGCCAACAGAUGGUACGAUAGGAAGUGUCCAAACUUCACAGGGACCAACUAGUCCAGCGCAAGAGAAACAAGAAGGAACUACGUCGGUUCAGAGCACAUCAAAUGGAGUUACAGCCAAUGUGCAGCCCAAUGGCACGGAAGCAACGCGUACCACAAACGCCAUCAGUUCCACUACCACCUGCGUAGCAUCUACGACUACUACUGCAAAAUCCACAACUGCCACAAUCACCACCGCGACCGGAAAAGAGAUUAUACCGAGCGCACCGCCUAGUAAUUACUGUAAUCGACGCACAUGGAUCACAACCGAUCGUCUGAAUGAGUUGCGACGUCGCGCGCAAGAUGCGGUCAAACAAAAUAAAACCUUUACCAUACGCGGCUCUUUUCACUCCGUACGCAAUGCGCUCAUUGCACGCGGUUGGAUUGAAAAGUUGGAUGUGCAUCGCAAACAAAUUCCAACGGGUGUCUGUCAAGUGACCUACGAUGAUCUAGCACAGGGUCUACCGAAGCGCAAGCCUGGCGAAACGCGUCGCCAGUAUAUCGCCAAGUGCGAACGCAACAUUAUAUCGCGCUUCCUCGAGCACAUGCCCAUCGACUUUUUGUGGACGAAUCGUAAGGAGAAAUGUGAUUAUAUAGACCAGGCAAAAAAUCCGGGCAUGGUUAUUAAUAAGUUCCAUCGCGCGCCAUUCACCUCAAAGGAAGGAUUGUGCGCGCAGUUAAAGGAUUUCCAUUGGUUUUACGAGGAGGGCAUGUCCGAGUUGUACUUUCCGCGUUGUUACAAUGUCUGGAGUCUUGAAGAAUUGGCUGAGUUUAUGGACAAUUUCAAGCUCACCGCUUGCAUUGCAUUCGUACGUAUAGUUGUAGAUCGGUAUCGACGAAAGGGACUCGAUGCGGUCUUCUCCACCAUGGGUACAGUGCCAUACAACAGCAUUGAUUUUGCGCUGAAGCGCUGCGGUGACUACUUAGAUAGUUGUCAGCACAAGGAUAUCGAUGUGGAGGAUUUGGCGCGUGUGUGGGAACACGAAUGGGAUGUAUUCUUUCAGCAGCAUCAGCAGGUCGUAACGGAGGAAGCGAAAAUUUUCACUGAAGCGACGCGUGCGCCAGAGUACACCAUAAAAGCAAGCAUAGAACUUUUGGAAAAUUUUCAAAACUAUUGGCCACAAUACUCACUGGAUGGCUAUCAGAAUUUAUGGAUCGUGAAACCGGCGAAUAAGUGUCGAGGACGUGGCAUACAAUUGAUGGAUAACUUGAAGAAAAUAUUGGUGCUUGUGAAUCCUUCGAUCGGUUCGAAAAGUCGCUACGUGGUGCAGAAGUAUAUUGAACGACCUUUAACCAUUCACCAUACCAAGUUCGACAUUCGUCAAUGGUUUCUCAUUACCAACGUCCAACCGCUCGUCGUUUGGAUGUAUAAGGAGAGUUAUUUGCGUUUUAGCUCACAAGAGUAUAGCCUGAGUAAUCAUCAUGAAUCGGUGCAUCUGACCAAUCAUGCGAUUCAAAAGAAGUACAACAACGGUAAAAGGGAUAAACGCUUGCCUAUUGAGAAUAUGUGGGAUUGUUAUUCAUUUCAAGCUUAUCUGCGUCAAAUCGGCAAACAAGAUAUGUGGCAAGAGCGCAUCUAUCCGGGCAUGAAGAAGGCCAUUGUGGGAACAAUGUUAUCGUCGCAGGAAAAUAUGGAUCGCCGUCCAAAUACAUUUGAAUUAUUCGGUGCGGAUUUUAUGAUUUGUGAAGAUUUCUAUCCAUGGCUAAUCGAAAUCAAUUCAAGUCCCGAUUUGGGCGCAACGACUAGUGUUACGGCGCGUAUGUGUCCACAAUGUCUGGAGGAUGUGAUAAAAGUGGUCAUCGAUCGUCGCAUGGAUCCAAAAGCUGAUAUGGGGAACUUUGAACUAAUCUAUCGCCAAGUGGUGCCACCAACUCCAGCCUACAUGGGUCUCAAUCUGUUCGUGAAGGGCAAACAAAUUGUUACCAAACUGCCACAUCACCAUCACCACCAUCAUCAUCAUCAUCAUCAUCUGUCACGUGAUCGUCCAACAUUGAGCGGUCAUAGUUAUCGUCAUCGCGCCACCAUCACACCAGCCAUUUCAAAUAUGCACAAGGCAAUGCCAACCUUUAAUGCAACCGAGUAUGUAGAGAAAUAUAUCAUGGAGGCAGGCAAUAGCCAUCGCAGCAGUAUAAGUGGCAUUGGUGGUAGCGGUGGGGGUCUCACAACCUCGGGCGCCAUUAUACACUCCUCGCCAACUCCCAUGCAAAUGGUACAAAAUGCACGCCGUAAAUAUCACACUUCGCCACAAGCACCACUUAUGAUUUGCCCAAAUCUGCUGAAAACGCCACGUGCGCAAAUCGGUCUACGUCGCAAGUCAUUCACAAAUCUCUCCAACAAAGCUAACACAAUGCCACCAACAGCAAAGGACCGAGAAUUGACAGUGCCGCUCAUCAAACGACAUCGCAGCUGUGGCCCACGCCUUAGCACCGGCACAACCGUCACCACCAAUGGAGGAGCCACAACCGCUGAAGCUGAUAAAAAUUUCAAAUUUAUCAUUAAAAAAUGCGCGAUUCCACAAGCCACCGAGGUGAAAGGUCAAUUGGCAAUGCCAGCCAACCUACUGGCGACAAAUGAAAGUGUGGCAGCGCACGCGAUCAAAAGUAAAAGCGUCGAUAAUAUUGUAGAAAUUUUGCGUAGGAUAAAAAGUCAACAACAACCGCUAACGAUGCAACAGCAAGCACUCCUGCAAGCCACACAGCCAGGGCGCAGUCGAAGUGUUGCCAAUGAGCUGACCGCAGCCGUAAGCGAAAAAACGCUUAAGUCAUUGCUGGGCAAACAAACGAAAUCGAGCACUACCGCCGACUCGGCGCACAUGGCAGCGAAAGGCGGUAGUAAUUCAGCUGGCAUACGCACUGUUGGACGCAGUCUUGUGACGUGGCGUCGCUCCAAGCGAAAUAAUAAUCGCUUAACUGCAGCCACCACCAACAUUAGGUCAGCCAGUGUAUACGUUUGCAGAAAGACGCCAAUGACAAUGGUGGCUGUGACGCCGCCAAAUGCAACCUUAGCACCCGCAGAACGUUCACGUAGCACUUCCAGCAACCACAGCACCGCCAUUAGUGCGUCAAAACCAAAUAACGCCGUUUCCGCUUCGUUGCCCAGUACCAUAGCUAAAAUCUAG